AUGGUGGGCGCGUUACGCGAUAGUGUUGAGUCAGCUGUACCGCUACAUCAUGGCAAGAAUAAAUCAUCUUUAGGAAUUGCGUGUCUGGUCCUUCUUAUAAUCAACUAUCGUUACCAGCUGUUUCUCAAAAGACAACGAGAUACUCUGAGGGCCGCAAAACAUCGUCACGGACAUUCGUCUUAG